CUGACGCCGCUGCGCUGAGCUCCUGCUUCCAAGCUCCAGCUCAAAAUUUUACUCCGGAAGUCCGGAGUCCCCUCUCAGCGCACGCAAGUUCGGUCGCCUCGCCUCGUGUCCUAACCCCAUCCGAUACAUUAGCAGGCGGCAGCCGAGGCCGAGCCCUGGCGGUUUCGCCUUCGUCGUCUCUGCUCGCUCAACCUCCCAAGGACAAGGACGCAGGUCACAUCGACCUCCUCCGUCUCUCCACGCGCAAGAUCAAAUUAUUCCUUCGGAGGUCGGAGCAAUCGCGGCGCAGUUUCUGUUGGCGUGGCCGUGCAAAAAAAAAAACGCUGCCCUCCAUGGGCGGCACGGAGCUGGAGGGGAGGCCGAUGCCGCAGGCGCUGAUGCUCAAGGAGUGGCUGGAGCUGGAGUCCAGCGCGGAGCUCUCCCGCGACGGCUUCGGCUGCUACCCGCGGCACCUGGCCGCCGACCUCCGGAGCGCCAGCGGCAGGCGGAGGAACGGGGACGUCAUCGCCAGGUUCUCGGCCGCGGUGAGGGCCGCGCUGGCGCUGUCCCGCGCGCCGGCGGGGCGAGAGGCGGCGGCGGCCGCCGCCGCGCUCCCCAGGACCACGAGCCUCUCGAGGCGGCUGCGGGUUGGGUUCUGGAACAGGAAGCGGAGGGGGGAGGCGGAGGAGACGGACAGGCCGGCGGCCAGCUGCUCCGCCACGGCCGCGAGCAGCGGAAGGAGGGACGCGUCGUCGCCGGCGAUGUCCCCGCGUCGCAUGAGCUGGGAGGGACGGCAGGGCGGUGGCGACGGUGCAGGUCAUCUGAGCGUCGGCCGUCUGAGCCAUGAAAAAAUGGUUGUGGGAUGCGAGUGCGAGACAGCUAGUCGCUUGGACGAGGCGCGGGAGCGGGAGCAGCGGCUGAGCCCCGUCUCGGUGAUGGAUUUCCUCAGCCAGGACGGAGAUGACGGCCACGACGACGACUGCAACGACCACGGCGGCGGCAGCGGCCACAGCGAGGACGGCGACGGCGCCUCACCGACGUUCGAGCGAAGCCUGGCCUACAUCCGAAGAGCAAGCCAGCAGCUGCUUCAGAGAGUCCAGCGAUUCGAGCAGCUGGCAGACUUGGACACGUCGGACUUGGACGACGCCACCACGACCGCCGAGGACACAGCAAGCUGCUGCCACGUCGAGGAGCUGGACCCAACCGAAGAAUACGAUGGAGUAGGGCACACACCGGAGCAGGACCCGCCACUGAGCCUCCACGAAGGCGAAGCGGGCUCGCCGCGCGCCGCCCACUGCUUCAAGAAGCUCCUCCAGGAUUUCUUUCGCGAGGGCCUGUCGUCGUCGCCGUGCCACGGCGGGAGGCCGGACGACCCACCAGAGGAGGUGGAGAGGUCGUUGCUGGAGACCGCCAGGGCGUGGCUGGACGGGCGGCAUCGCGCGCCGGGGCCGGACGGGAAGGCGGAGGUGGAGGAGAUCGAGCGGCUCGAGCGGUGGAGGCGCUUCGGGGAGGACGAGCGGGAGCCGCUGGGCUGCGACGUGGAGGGCGGCAUCUUCUGGUCCCUGGUGGAGGAGUUGGUCGCUGAUCUCUGCUGACCGAGCAACGCUGCGGCAUGGAUGAAACCGUACUUGGAUAGGAAACGUGUUGGGGAUCCCCGCAUGAUUCCUUACCCGAUUGGGGAUCGGUGUUUUGCUCUGCCAACAAAGCUCAACUGUAAAUUCGAACGUAUGAAAGUAUGAAAUGAAACUAGUAAGAAAAGAAGGAAAAAAAAUUUAAUUAGAGCAA